AUGGAUUUCUCAAAUAUUGUAAGGGCUCAAAAUCAAGUGAGAGAACAAAAGGGGAUGGCUUCUCACCUCACAAAUAACCAUGUUAUCAUAGCAGACAUUUUAUCAAGACUUCCUGUGAAGGCUCUCUCAAGGUUCAACUGUGUAUGCAAGUUAUGGUACUGCAUGAUUAAUUCAGAUCCUGGUUUCCAAGCCUUGCACCACAGUCGGUCGUGGAGGAAUCCUCGGUUCCUUUUCCGAUUGUCUGACUUUGAUUUUAACCCUCUUGAACACCUCGGAUACCGAUAUGCUUAUAACUUUGUUUCGACAGAUACUGAGGGGAAAAACAUCUGUCUGAUGCAAAUUAAGGUGCAUGAACCUGUUAAACUCAUAUUGCCAGGUUGCUUUGGUUUGCUUGUCUUUUCUACUGACACACGUAUUCAUGUGUGUAACCCUAGCACUCGUCGAAUUCUAGCACUGCCGGAUUAUAAAAGUAAAAUAGCAGGAUUUGGGGUCGGGUAUCUGAGCUCAAUAAGAAGACACAAGAUCGUGCGGUUAAUUCCUCGAAGACCAUCAAGCCUUCAUUUAGAGUGCUCAGUUUUCACUCUUGCUCCAGGGGAAGAAGGAUUUUCAUGGAGGGUGCUGAAUGAUCAGUGCCCGUAUUUGGUGGAUCAGUUCAGUCUUCCAGCUUUUGCAAACGAAACAAUUUACUGGAAAAUCGACCGUCAGCAAGCCCUCAACAGGCAUAACGAUUUCAUUGUAUCGUUCAAUAUUAGAUACGAGAAGUUUAUGACCAUUACUCAUCCUGCAGACUGGAUUCCUACUUCUAAUCUUGACUGGAGAUCACCAAUUCGAAAUUCAACGCAACUGGUGGAACUACGAGGGACUUUGUGCAUGAUACAGACAUUAGCAUCCUCUCAUGUGGCAGUAUGGAAACUGGCGGAUCACAAGAAUAGCAUGUGGGUAAAAAUAUGCAUGAUCGACACAAGCAGAAUUCAUCCGAAUUUUGUUGGAGAAGUCCAGUGCAUCAAGGAUGGAGAAAUCAUAUUCAACUCAGCCAGUAAUCAUCUGCUCUACUAUGAUGUGAGAAAGAAAACAUUUAGAAAGAAGAUGCUACCGCACUCUGCAGAAAAUCUUACCAGUUAUUGCGAAAGUCUUACUUCCCUAACAAGAUGA